GCAGCAGAGGGACACAGACCAGGCCAGUCUUUCCUGCGCAAGGCUCCAUCAGAAGUCCAGCCCUUGAUUAAAGCUGAGAAGCAGGAUGCCCAAGUCCUCGAACCUUGGAUGGGAACAAAAUUAGCAGAAAAGGCCCCACACGUCAUCCAGGCUGGGAGUAUCACAGAACUGUUGCAAAGAACAUCCAGUAAGCAGUUUAUAAAGGCGCCAGGUGAAGGGUUGCUUCAGCAGUGGGAGGCACAGUGGCAGGAGUUCCUCAGGACCUUGGAAUCCCCUAACUUGGGAUGGGGGAUCCAGCCACUGUCAGAGCAGCCCGCAGCCCCGUGGGAUGACGCCAAGGUCUUCCUGGCCUCCUUCGAGCAAGUGGCCAAAGCUUGCCAGUGGCCCAAGGAAGAGUGGGUGGUCCGACUCCUGCCAGCCCUCAGUGGAGAAGCCGAGCAGGUUUUUAGGCAGCUGCAAGCUGAUGACAGAGAGGAUUAUGGGAAGGUGAAGGCGGCCAUUUUGCGAGGGGACACCUUCAGCAGGGAGUGGAAACGGCAACAAUUCAGGCAUUUUAGCUAUCAGGAUGCUGAAGGGCCGCGAGGGGUUUACAACCAUUUGCAAGAGCUUUGUAACCAGUGGUUGAAAGCGGAGAAACACACCAAGGAGCAGAUCCUGGAGCAGUUGAUCCUGGAGCAAUUCUUGACUGUUCUCCCUCUAGAUAUGCAGAGUUGGGUCCAAGAUGGCGGCCCAGAGACUUGCUCUCAGGCAGUGGCCUUGGCUGAAGACUUCCUGCUGAACCAGCAAGCUCCUGAGAAAUGGGAACAGCAGGUGCCUUCCCCGCUUGAGGAGACGGAUGCAAAUUCCCCCGAAGCAGAGGAGGAGGAUGUCCGAGUUUUGGAGUACAGUGAAGUGUGUGAAGAGGCUGGUUGGGAGAAUCAGAGCCAUAAGGACCCCGUGUCAGGUCAGGGGCCAGCGAAUGAGAAUGAAAACAACCAUCUUCAACAGGAAGAUGCAUCACUAGGAAGAACUGAACCAUCUGCUUUCCAGGAGAAUGAUCAGGGGCGAACCUUGAGGAAUCGUAACAGACCAGCCAAAGAGACAAAGGGAAGACAGAAGAAAACAGUUGGAAAUAAGAUCAGUAGACCCCCCAAAGGUAUCCUGAAGGGCAGGAGUCCAAACACAUGUCCUUCGAGCGGAGAGAAACCCCGAUCAGAAUCUCACCUUGUCUGCACAGCAGAGAGCCCCUUCGAAUGUUCCUAUUGUGGGAAAAACUUCCGUCGACAAUCCUACCUGUUCCAGCACCACCGAAUCCACACGGGAGAAAAGCCCUACCACUGUUCGUACUGCAGCAAGAAUUUUCGCGUACAUUCGCACCUGGUGAAACACGAGCGGCUGCAUACGGGCGAGAGACCCUACAAGUGCGCUGACUGCGGCAAGAGCUUCUGCCAGUCCUCCAAUCUCCACCAGCACCUCAAGAUGCAUAUUGGGGCGACCAUCUACAAGUGCGCCGACUGUGGGAAGAACUUUAGCCAGCGCGCCAAGUUCUACCAGCACCGCAAGGUCCACUUGUUGAGGAAACCGUACCAAUGCGCAAACUGUGGGGAGAGCUUCGAUCGGCUUGCGCAGCUUUACAAGCACCAGCCGGUCCACGCCACAGAGAGGCCUUUCCGAUGUUCCGAGUGCGGGAAAAGUUUUGAGCGCAAGUCCAGCCUUGUGAAGCAUAAGGUGACCCACACAGGAGAGAAACCCUAUCAGUGCUUGACAUGUGGGCGGAGAUUCAACCAGUCCUCCAAUCUGCACAAGCACUACAAAAUCCACACUGGGGAAAAACCGUACACGUGUGCUACCUGUGGGAAGUCUUUCACCCAGCGCACCCACCUCAACCUGCACCAGAACACUCACAAAGGAUUAAAAACCUACACAUGCUCCGAUUGCGGUGACAGCUUUUCUGAUCGAUCUUAUCUCAUGAAACAUAAAUUGAUUCACCGGAACUCAGUUGUUGCUUCUUUAUGAAAUCCCACAAGAUUUU